AUGUUUAAAUGUAUAAAGUUCAUAAAAUAUAGAACAGAUUGGUGUUCCUGCUUGGUGAAUAACACGGAUGAUAAAUGUGAUGAAUGUUUAAUAGAGGAAUCAAUACAGGGAAUAGAAGCAGUGGGAGAUGGAAGAGGAAAACGUUCAGAUGAGAACAAUGACAAAUUUGAAGGAGAUAAAGAAGAAGACAUGAAUUGCCAAAGAAUGAGUAACAAACUUUUUGAAGAAGAAAAUAUACAUGGAUACCCACCAGAUAUAAUAUAUUCGAAUGAUGAAUAUCGAAAAAGCUUCAGAAAUGGAAACAGCAAUUCAUAUAAGCAUGGAAUAAAUUAUAAGACCUAUUCAAAUGAAAAAUUUCAAAAUGAAUAUAUGAAAAAUUCAUCGAAUAAUUAUAAUCAAAUGAAUUACAUGAAAAAGGGGAAUAAUGAUAAUAGCUAUGUGUAUAUGAAUGAAAAUAAAAAUUACAGGCAAAUUAAUAGUAGCAAUAACAACUAUUCGAGGGAACAUAAUAGUUUUUAUAAUGGACAAUAUGAUUAUAAUGGAAAACCAAUUUAUACUAAUACGAAUGAAGACGCUGGAUUAUGGAACAGAGACAGUAAAGUGUAUGGAAAUUAUAAUAAUAAUAUUCCAAUAUCGGAAAAAUAUAAUGAAAAAUUAGGAACUGUCGUAGAAAAUGGAAAUGUAAAAAGAAAAACAUUACUGUUUAGUAAUAUUAAUGAUUCUAACAGCAAAAAGGUAAAUAAAAAUUUUAGUUUAUUGGAACUAGAAACAAAAAGGGAUAGUGAUGUUAAAGCAUGUAUAGAAUAUUUUAAUUCAUUACGCAAAGGGAAAAAUGAUGAUAUUAAAAUGAUACUAGAAAAUCGCAAUUUUAAAGAGUUGAAUAUUCCUAAAGAACAUUUAGAAAAUGGAGAUUUUUUUAAAUAUGUUGAGUACUACAAGAAACACAAUUUAAAGGAUUUAAUAGACAAGUUUAAUGAAUCUGAUACGAAUGAUAAAAAUAAAACUCAGGGUUACAAUGGCAGUAAUAAGAGCCCCUCAGCAGUUUCAAAUAUUGAAAACAAAGAUAGGGAUAAAGAUAGCGGCAGUAGUAAUGGUAAUAAAAAUGGUUAUGAUAAACAUAAGAAUGAAGUGGAUGGUGCUUUGGAUCCGAAUAAAAAGUCUAAUAAUGAAAAUAUAAAUGUCAGGACAAAAAAAAAUAAGCGUUCAGAAAAUGCUUUAUGUGAAGGUAAUUCUGAUGAAAAUGGAAAGGAAUAUCAUAAAAAAAAAAAAUCGAAAUGUGAUGGGGACAAAAAACCUACAUUUUACACCAUAAAUGAUCUGUUUGAUUGA